CCCCUGCCUUAGCGUGAUGACGCUUGUUUCCCGCCCUGGCUUUUCUGCCAUUCUGUCAUAGGUAACAAGUAACUAUUGUUUUCCACACAUUUUAUAUACAGCCGUCAUUUUUGAGCACAUUAUGCCUUCCACAAACGACUGGAUAAAUAACCCUCUGGGCGUUGUCGAAGAGUUGUUUGCUGCAUCUCAAAACAACCCAAAUUCUGGAUGGGAAGCAAAACUGGUGGAAUUCUUCAAAGAUCAUCUGAAAGAAAAGGAUGCUCACUCAUGGGUCCCAUCAAUGAACAACAUCCCAUUGCACUACUUGAAGCCCAACAGUCUGGUCAAGUUUCGCUGUUUCAUUCAGGACAUGUUUGAUCCAGAGUUUUACAUGGGAGUAUAUGAGACAGUUGAUCCAUCAUCACAAACUAAAGUGUUGAGGUGUGGGAAGUACAAAGAUGUGACAGAAUUUGGGGUGGAUUUUAAUUCAAAAAAUAUUGUGACGGCUGAAAGACAGACUUUCUACUGUGUACCUGUUCCUGGUGAAAACUCCUGGGUGAAAGAGAGUUACACUGGUUCGAGUCAAGCGAGAGUGCAACCGUCCACCUCGUAUAUGCCGAGCAGACAGAAGCGCAGCUAUGAAGAAGACGAUGACAUGGACAGCAUGGACACUCAGCCACAGAAACAGAGGGACCCUAAUACAGGUGUUCAGAUGAACUCGGUAGAACACGGCACCAGUGAAGCUCGGCGGCAGGAGGCUGAAGCUCCUCCCAGCCAGAUGGCUUCUGCCAUGUGCCUUGACCUCAAUUUCCCUCUACCAGGCGAGAAAGGUCCUUCCUGCUUAGUCAAGGUCUAUGAAGACUGGGAUAGCUUCAAACUGAACGAGACCAUCGAAGUCUACGGAAUCCUCUCAGUGAGUCCUGCCCUCAGCGCUCUGGCUGAAGACAGGGACAAGUCCUCGUCCCUAAUAGACCCCUCAGAGUGCAUGGAAACGGUAGAGGAGCAGAGGGUGCACAGCCCGCCCGCCUCACUGGUUCCUCGCCUCCACAUGAUCUACGCCAAGCCGCUGGCACACAACAACCCUCUUCUGCCCUCUGCCGUCUUGCAGGAUAACAGCGCCAUUUUAUCUUCAACUCUGAGUGAGAUGGUGUCUGUCCGGGCAGACUUCCUUGCAUAUUUGACUCAUGUCCUUCUGGGAGAUUCCCUGGCCGCUGAGUACCUCAUCCUGCACCUCAUAUCAAACGUGUACACCAGACGAGACGUGUUACCACUGGGGAAGUUCACCCUGAACCUGAGUGGAUGUCCCACUGUGAACUCGUACACCGAACGUCUCUACCAAGUCAUCCAACAACUUGUACCCUCUUCGUUCUAUCUGGGCAUGAGCCUUCAAAACAUGAAUCAGAUGAGCCUGGUGCCAAAGAAAGACUACGUGGCCAAUCGGCUGGUGAGCGGCGCUCUGCAGCUGGCCAGAAACACAUCGCUCUUCCUCGACGAAACACAGCUGGAGCAGGGGCAGUUGGACACUGCAGGUGUGCGCAAUGUCACAGCUUUGGGCAAUCUGAUCACUUGGCAGAAGGUUGAUUAUGACUUUAACUACCACCAGAUGGAAUUCCCCUGCAAUAUUAAUGUGCUCGUCGCAUCGGAGGGCCGCUCGCUGCUGCCGUCAGACUGUCAGAUGCACCUGCAGCCCCAAGUCGCCCCGGCCCACAUGGACGACCAUCUCAGUAGCAUCUCCUCACACAUGCAGACUUCCUCGCAACUCAACAAGUUCCGACUCUACCUGAGUGUAGCCCGGCAGCUGGACUACAGCAUCUCUAAUGAAGUGACCAAGUCAGUUGAGGAUGACUUUGUAGAUAUGAGGAAGGACGACCCCCAGAGCAUCAGUGCUGAGGACCUGCACCGCAUGCUUGUGGUGGCAAGGUUGCUGUCCCUGAGCCUGGGAAAGACCUCUCUGUGCAGAGACAUCUGGCUGAAGGCUAAACACAUGGAGAUGCAGCGGAGUUGCAGGAUGGAGCAGCACAAGAGCGUCAAUGGAAAUGAGCCGUGAUUUGCCAAGAGCAACAACAAAGUAGCCAUGUUUGUCCUUCUGAUUCUUAAAGGUUUUUCACAAAAAUAGUUUUCAUUUUUUCGUUUCUUAAAUUUUGCCAUUUUGCCUCACAGUCAUCGCUGCAUGAGUAGCAAUAUUCAGCAGUAUGUCUGCACACAAUCUGCAGUGUUAGCAUGUUUCUCCUAAUGUAAAUAAAGUUGUAAUAAAAAA